ACCGGUGCCGAUAAUGAAUUAAUAAAGAUGGUUAAAUUAGAAAAAGGAAAAUACCAAAUUAAAAGUACAUCCAAAAUCCUCUCGUCGUUUGAAAAUUGUGAAAAGGGGCCGGCUCGCCUCCCGCCAAACGGCCACCCCUUCCACGGCCGCGCUCACCUCGCCGUCCUCUUGCCGUCGCGUCGCCCGUCGAAUCCCGAUCUGUUAUCAGGUUAAGUGGAACCGAUUUACUUCCAGGCAACCUUCUUUAAGCAGACUGGUCCCUGGGCCGCCUGCAGACAUGUCCGAGGAGAAGGAAGAAGAGACCCUGACCCUGGUCGACUUUCUCGAAGAGGAAAACGAAAUCGAACUUACGGUCCAAGAUGUCCUAGGACCUUCCGAUGACAAAAACUGCACUUACAACUUGGGUUAUAUGGGAAGGCAAGCACUUUAUGCUUGUUUAACAUGUAAUUCUCCAGAAAGCCCAGAUUUUAAGUAUGCAGGGAUAUGCCUCGCUUGCAGCUAUCACUGUCACGAAGGGCAUAAUUUAAUUGAGCUUUAUACCAAAAGGUUUUUUCGCUGUGACUGUGGCAAUAGUAAGUUUGGUGGGAAAAAAUGUAAUUUAACGCCAGAGAAAGAUGACGUCAAUGACAAUAAUAACUACAAUCAAAAUUUUAAGGGUCUUUAUUGCACUUGUAGCAGACCCUAUCCAGAUCCUGAAGCCGAAGACGAUUCAGAUGUGAUGCUGCAAUGCAUCGUCUGUGAAGAUUGGUAUCAUUCUUCGCAUUUAAAUAACGAAACACCUCCGGAUUGUCAGGAUUCUUCUUUUUCCGAAUUGAUUUGUGAAGGCUGUACUGAAAAAUUACCGUUCCUUAAUUACUAUUUAGAUAAAUCAGUUAAUACUAAGUUUGAAGGGAAAGAUGUUUCAUCUAAUGAAGAAACAAAGGGUGAUGUACCUAAUGUUGCCAAAGAGGAAACUAAAGUAGAUGUUGAAGAUACAAGUUUAGAAAAGAAUAAAGAUUGUUACCGAAAAACGCACCCUUUGUUGAGAAAGAUCAGCAAAGGUGCGACGUUGUGGCCAUCGACAUUCCGUUCUAUUCUUUGCAGUUGCUCUGAAUGCUUGGAGGAGUACAAAAAGUACAAAGUUCCUUGGAUUGCAGAUGAGCAGGAUACAGCACAUGCCUAUCAAGAAAAAGGUAAAACAGAAGGAGAGAAUUCAGGGGAGAAUUCGAGUUAUGCUCAAGGGAUGAAAGCCCUUCAGAAAUUGGAUCGAUUUAGACAAGUCGAGGCUAUUCACAAUUAUAAUGAUCUGAAGUCUCAGUUGCAUACUUACCUCGCGGAUUUUGUACAGCGCAAACGUGUUGUUAAGGAAGAGGACAUUCACGCGUUUUUCGAUUACAUGCAACAAAGGAAGAAGCGGCGGAUCGGAACUCCGCCUUACAUGUGUUAAGAAUUUUUUUUUCUACUUAAAAGAAAAAUAUAUUGGUGUUGAUUGUCGAUGUAAAUUUCUUAAUUUUGUCAUUACGAUAAGAGGCAUA